GGGCGCGUGCAGGAGGCAACCAAAUCAAUGUGUUUCUCUCUCUUCCACUCUCUCUAAAAAUCAAUGGAAAAAUAUCCUUAGAUGAGGAUUUUGUUUUUUAAGUGAAUUGAAGGGACUACUGUAGUCGAGUGAGAUUUAAUGGACUAGGAUGGUGUCAAUAAAGACAGUGGUAACACCCAAUACAAGAUAGCUAUUGAAUCGGAACUACUAGGACUGUCAGUUGAUGAAAAGACCAGAGUCAUAGGAAAUGCAUAGAUUUGUGAACAAUCAACUAAGAUACAGAAGGAUCCAAAGAUUAAAUUUAAAAUUGACUGGUAUGAAUCCUCUCUCUCCUUAUUUAAAUGUGGAUCCACGGUAUCUCGUGCAGGAUACAGAUGAGUUUAUUUUACCAACCGGAGCUAAUAAAACCCGGGGCAGAUUCGAACUGGCCUUUUUCACCAUUGGAGGAUGUUGUAUGACAGGGGCUGCAUUUGGGGCAAUGAACGGUCUACGGCUAGGAUUGAAAGAAACCCAGAACAUGGCCUGGUCCAAACCAAGAAACGUACAGAUUUUGAACAUGGUGACGAGGCAAGGGGCACUUUGGGCUAAUACUCUAGGUUCUCUGGCUUUGCUUUAUAGUGCAUUUGGUGUCAUCAUUGAGAAAACACGAGGUGCAGAAGAUGACCUCAAUACAGUAGCAGCUGGAACUAUGACGGGCAUGUUGUAUAAAUGUACAGGUGGUCUUCGAGGGGUAGCACGAGGUGGUCUAGCAGGACUGACACUUACUAGCCUCUAUGCACUAUAUAACAACUGGGAGCACAUGAAGGGCUCUUUGCUCCAACAGUCACUCUGAAGAUUCUGCCAACUUGUGACUAGAGGACACUUUAGUAGUCAUCCAGAUCAAUUUAUGAGUCCGUCUGGAGUUCUCUUCUAUACCUACAAAUAGUUUGAAAAAUUGUGCAGAUUUCCGAAUUGCUGUGAUGAAGAUGGUUGACUAGACUGGCUUUCCUUCCAGCCAUUAGUGAGUCGAAGCCAAAACCCUUUGGUGGCUGAGUAAUAUGGUUCUUUUUCAAGAUCUUGCACCUGUUCUCUUUGUUACCUCCUGAACUGGAAAACCACUUACUCCCAUCAUUCAGGUCAUUCUUGUCAGUACUAUAUUCACCAUGUUUGUUCAUUUAAUGAUCCAAGACUGUAAUAUUGCCUUGUAGUCCCAAUAAAGUGUGAAAAACCAAAGUCCACUCCAACGUAAA